GAGGCUUAGAAGCCGUUGUUUGUGUUGUGGGGGUGUUUGGAGCUUCUGGACUUUGGUGAACGAAGAAGGCCAAUUUCCCCAAACGAAAAACUGAAACACAGAGAGAGAGAGAGAGAGAGAGAGAGCCAUGGAAUCCAACGAAUAUGAACAUCUGCAACGUCUUUGAUUUUAGAGCGGAUUUGAGCUUCGAGCCGAUCCGAACAGAAUCAUGAACAGCUUCGUCCAAAUUGUCAAGCAAGUAAGGGGAGAGGUCUUUGUUGAUUGUCGAUUUGUUUAAGUUCUUCUUGAAAAAGUUGAUUAGGUAGCUGAGAGCGAAAGCAGAUUGGUGUUUAGUGAGCGUCUAGCGAUGGAACUGUUUUCGACUGGUCCACCGAUUAAACGACGAGCGGGAUUACGGAUUAAACAGGCGGGUCGGGCUUCGUACCGGGGCAGCUAGGGAAGGUGGUGGCGGUGUUGUCGUUUUGUGUUUGUUGGAUGUGAGUAAAUUGUGUCGUUUCUUAGUUGUUGAAUAAUUUGAGCCUUGUUGAGGAAGUUAAGAAGAUAUGGGAACUACUGCUCUGAGGCAGUUGCUCAAGAGCCUCUGCAGCAACCAUUCGCCUUGGAAAUAUGCGGUGAUUUGGAAGCUCAAGCACCAGAGCGAUUUGAUAUUGGCCUGGGAGGAUGGGUACUGCCAUCAUCCAAAACCAAGAGAAGCUGUGGAACAUUCACCGGAUGACAUCUACUUCAGCGACGCAAGUGUACAUGAUGGUGGAUCUACAGGCUAUCCAAUUGGACUAGCGGUGGCUGAUAUGUCACAUCUUCAGCACACAUUUGGAAAAGGGGUUGUCGGUGAGGUGGCUUGCACAGGGAACCAUAAAUGGGUUUCCCUUCACAGUUUGUGCACCAGAGAGUCUGACUCUAAGUUAGUUCCUGAGUGUCCAGAUGAAUGGCUUCUUCAGUUUGCGUUGGGUAUCAAGACAAUUUUGCUUGUACCUGUACUUCCAUAUGGAGUUUUGCAACUUGGCUCCAUGGAAACGGUUGCUGAAGAUCAGGCAGUGGUUGCUUUUGUGAAAGAUAGAUUCAAUGCCAUUCACAAUGUUGUGGGGAAAACUGUACCUUCUACCUUAUUUAGGGACAUUCGAGCUGAAUCAUUAUGGCCACAAUCAUCUAGUUUAAUGGAGAACACAUUUGAAUCAUCAGCUGUUACCAUUAACCCACUCAAGGUUGAAAGGUCAGAAGAGGUUGGUAACAUCAGACUGAAUGAUAUCUUACUAUCAACUUUGGAGCAAUUUGUGCAAUUGCCAACCAUUGAAAAUGUACUUCUAGACUCUGGAACAGAUCAGUCAGAAGUUCUUAAGAGAAUUGGAGAAAAUGAGAUUGGUGUUCCACGUAUUUAUCACAUUGGAGAAUCGAAUCCACUCAGUCAGUGUGUAGAUACCGAAAUGCUGGAGACCAUAGAGACUCAAAUGUUUGGGUUGUCUUGUUUGGAGGAAGAACUUGUAGCCCAUUCUCAGUACGGUGGUUAUAACGUGGAUGUGCUUGGAGACCCUUUAAGUGGUUUCAAUUCUUACUCUGCCGGAGGUAUAGCAGAACAACUGUUGAAUUACAAUAAUGCUGAAGAUAUAAGUUACAACAGGAAGGAUAGUUUCUUUAGCUUUCCUGAAAAUUGUGAACUACACAAAGCACUUGGAACAACUUUCCAGAGGCAGACCGAUGAACAUUUAUGGAAUUCAUCCAUCUCCAUUGAUGACACAUGUAGCAGCUCUGGUUUGCAGAAAGAUUUCAUUCGCAGUAUUGAGCCAUCAAGGCUUUCGAAAGGAAGCGAUGCUGAGAACCUCUUUGAAUCCAUGGUAGCCAGAGAUGACACCUCAUCGAGCAGAUCUGACAAUAUUAAAUCAUGUAUGACCACAUCAAGUCAAUUUCCUGCUUCUUGUGAACAAUUGAAAUUUGAAGCAAGUGCCCCAACGGAGAGUGAUUCAAUGACAUGGAAUCAUGCAUCCGCUUCUUUCAAAGGCACCAUGAGCACUUUGCUUGACAAAGAGCAGCUGGGCAAAGGAUACACUUCUACAAAGCCUAAAAAGGAACAAAAGUCGUCCGGUGCCAGUGCAAGAAGGACCAGGCUUAGCAACAGCCCAAAGCUAAGACCAAGAGAUAGACAAUUGAUUCAGGAUCGUGUCAAAGAGCUGCGGGAACUCGUCCCAAAUGGUGCCAAGUGCAGCAUUGAUGGCCUUUUAGACCGAACCAUAAAACACAUGAUGUAUUUAAGAACCAUGACUGACCAAGCUGAAAAACUGGGGUGCUAUGCGCAUCAAGAGGUACCUCGUUCUAAUAACAUGAGCGAGGCCAAAAUUGGUGGCCAAAAUGGGACAAGCAGGGGUUUUGAAAUCGGAAGCGAACUUCAGAUUUGCCCUAUUGUGGUAGAAGAUCUUCAACACCCAGGGCACAUGCUCAUAGAGAUGCUAUGUGAUGAACAUGGACUUUUCCUAGACAUUGCCCAAGCAAUCCGUCGAUUGGAGUUGACCAUCUUGAAGGGUGUGAUGGAAACCCGCUCAAGCAAUAUGUGGGCACAUUUUAUUGUUGAGGCUCCCAGGGGGUUUCACAGAAUGGAUGUUUUUUGGCCGCUGCUACACCUUCUGCAACGCAGAAGAAAUAACAUAUCAAGCAAGAUCUGAAUCUGAUGGUUGACCCAAAAAAAUAAAGAUUGUAGGCAUCUCUUUUGUAUUCAAGAAAAUUGAGCAAGCCUUCAAGUAUUGUGCUUCAAACGCAUAUCAUUAUGACAAGACCUAAGAAGCAUAAUGUCUUUGUCGGAAUGUAAAGUUUCAGUACAAGUAGUUAAUGUUGGUGU